UCGCUUUUCACAUUUAGUAUUUUUCAAAUAAGAUAUCAAAUCAAUACAAUUGUACAAUUUUAUUUGUUGGUUUAUUUAUUCAGCACUAUGUGUUUAUAUAGUCCUAAAUGAUAUACGGAGAAAAGUGUACAGUUGCGAUUAUUAAAUCAAUGGUGAAGCAACGUAACGCAGAAAUAUUCAUAAAUCUAACUAUGGAGGACGGAUUUCCGGAUCCCGAUGGAGAUUUAUAUGACUUAAUUCAUGAAGACGAAUAUGAAGUUUUAAACGAACUGGAAGGCUCAAGUAAAAAGAAAGAAGAAGUGUCUAAACAACCUGUGCAAAAGAAUCCAGGUUCACAGAAAAUCCUGAGCUCGAAUUCAAAUGAAGCACCUGACUUAGUUUUGCCUAGUCAAAGUGGUAUUACUGCCAAUGAAGCCACCAAAAAACGUACUUUUGAGGAACUCUUUGGAGAUGUCACUGAUCUACUUGGUGAUGAUAUACUACCAGAUGUUCAUGAGCAUAAAGAAAAAAGGCCUCGUUGGGACGAACCAGAGGAAGUUAUUAAACAAGUCCUAGAAGCUCGAAGAAUUUUACAUACACAAAAUAAUUAUGUUUCAAUUCAUCAGACAGCGCAGGACUUUGAAGAAGAAAAAUUGGAAACAAUAUCAUUCAGAGUACCAUCAUGGAAUUUCAUGCCAGUGACCCGACCAUCGGAUUCCGAACGUUAUUAUGUCAGAGUACGAUCACAUAAUAAAUUUGCAGUUACUAAAAAUCGUCCAAAAAUGGUUACUGGUUUACUUUCCGUGUCAUACAGCCGACUUAAAGCUGAAGCUGAGGAAAUUAUUGUCAAAAAUGCAGAAGAGGCAACCUUACUUGCGACAGAACCUGACGUUCAAAUAUCAUCUGAUGAUAAGUUAUGGGUUGACAAAUAUCGUCCACAAAAGUAUAUAGAAUUACUUUCCGAUGAAGGUGUGAAUCGAAAAUUUCUUCACUGGCUGAAACUUUGGGAUAAAAUUGUUUUUAAUCGGGAACCGAUCACACGUCAGAAAGUAACGGAAAUGCCAAAGUUUGGUACCAAAAAAUUUAUUAAAAAUAAACCCAUUGAGGGACGCGAUAGUAAAGGAUUUCCAGAGCAUAGAAUAGCGUUGCUUACUGGGCCGCCCGGCCUUGGAAAGACGACUUUGGCCCAUUUGGUAGCAAGACAUGCUGGUUAUAAUAUUGUUGAAGUUAAUGCUAGUGACGAUAGGAGUCCGGAUAAUUUCAGGCAAGCUUUAUUAGCAUCUACGGAAAUGAAAGCUGUAAUGGGUGCAGACCCUAGGCCAAACUGUUUAAUUUUAGAUGAAAUUGAUGGUGCCCCAGCAACAUCUAUUGAUAUUCUUUUAAAAUUCAUUCACGGAAAGUUGACUUCAAAAUCGAAAAAAGGCAAGAACAAGGAGGAGAAAGGAGAGGAGCCUUGUCGGCGACCAAUUAUUUGCAUCUGCAACGAAUUGUAUACACCAUCCUUAAGAGCUUUACGAAUGGCAGCUCUCGUUAUUCAAGUUCCAGAAGUAAGUGCCUCGAGAUUAGCAGAACGUUUAGGAGAAAUAGCGCGCAAAGAAUGCAUACGAGCCGAUGCGGAUGCACUCUUGCAAUUGGCUGAAAAAUCUGGAUGUGACGUUCGUACCUGUCUUGGAGCAUUGCAGUAUAUGGGAGGUGCAAAAUCCGGAAACACUUUCAAUUUAGUCUUCAAGGAUACGAAGAAAGGAUUAUUUGAUUCUUGGAAAGAAAUUCUUCAAGUUCCUUGGGCUAGAAAUAGAGUAAUUCCAGCUAGAGAGAGAAUGGAAAGGAUUUUAAAAGUUGUAUUCAAUAGUGAAACGAAUCGUUUAGCUCUAGGAAUAUUUCACAAUUAUCCACAAAUACAGAAUAACAGUAUAGUUCGUCUAUCCGAUUCACUUCAAUGGUUUCAGUUUUUCGACAGAAUUACAACAUUUGUGAUGAAUACUCAAAUCUGGAGCGCUAUGCCUUAUGCUAAUUACGCUUUUGUUGCGUGGCAUUUCAAUCUUGCCGCCAACAACAACAUACAAUUGUCAUAUCCCUCAGUCAUGUAUGAGGUAAACCAGAAAUUGGCUAAAAAUCAAUCGAUUUUAGCUACGGUGCAUCGAGUUUCAGGCAUAGAGACUUCAAUGCUUACUAUUGAUUAUUGUCCACUGUUAUCCGAACUUUUAACACCAAGGCUUCGUUCUGUUUCUGGUCAUCUAUAUUCUAGUAAUGAAAAGGCAGAACUUACACGUCUUGUCAACGUUAUGCUAGAUCUUGGAUUGGCACUGGUUCAAGAAAAAAAUCCAGAUGGCAGCUACGAGUACAAUUUUGAGCCAAAUCUCUUGGAAAUCGGACUAUUCCCUGAUUGUAAGAAACGUAAGAGUUUGGCAUAUGCAGUAAAGCAAAUCGUAGUUCAGGAAUAUGAAAUGGAAAGAUUAAAAAGACUCGAAAGGAUGACCAGCGGAUCAAGUAAAUUGGUGUCAACUCCUACGGCUACUGAUAAAAAGAGAAGAAAUAUCGAGGCAACAGAAAAAUUAAAAGAAGCAUCAGAAAUUACAAACGCAGUAAAAAGUGUAGCGAAUCAUCAUAAGAAAUUGGAACCCGUCGUCCCGCAGCCAGAGAAAAUGCAAUGUCGGGAUUUCUUCGGAAGAAUCAUCAGCAAUGAUCGCCAACAACAAUCUGCUAACAAAAUUUCACCGAGGGCGGCUCGAUUACAAGACAUGGUUAAUAGAAAUCGUGUAUGGUACAAAUAUAAGGAAGGAUUCAGUAACGCAGUGCGUCGUACAGUAUUAAUGAGAGAUCUCUUGUGAUUUUAAAUAUCAUGUAAUGUUUUAUGUACAUAACUAUUCUGGCUAAAAAUUCAAAAUAUUUGUUUAUAUUAAAUUUUAUAAUAAUAACAAUAUAAGAAAA